GUUCGAAACUCGUAGGGGGCGAGGUCGUGGAUGCGCACUGCUGAGGAGUCCCACAAUAGGACGAAACGACCAUCCAGUGCUUCCAGGUUUUCCAUGGUGGUCUAGCUUCAACUGACUCAUGAUCUUAACCAUUGAAAUUACUACAAUUUCCACAAAACCCAUCUGAUAUUAAUAACUUAUAUCAAUUUAAUUGUUGAAUUCAUGUGUUGAUUGAAGUAAGAUCACUAUGGAAAACAUGGAAGCACUGGAUGACGGUUUCAUAUUAGUAUGGGACUCCACAGAAGUGCACAUCUACAAUCUGAACUUAGGACAUCCGGUCUCUUGAGUGAAUACUUGACCUCUAAACUACUGAGCUGGCCGGUAUUGUAACGGUUAUAAUGUAUAACUUCAAUUAAUCCACGAAAUUGAUCCACCGUUCACUACUGUCUUCAGUGAGUUACUAUCUCACAACAGACUCGGUUGAACUCUACUGAUCAUGAUUUCUCACUAUGUUGGGGACGUUAGAUCCCCAAAACUCAUAUUUUGUAAUUUUAUCUUUGUGGAGCUUGUAUGCAGAUGUAUGCUUGGGUAUUUCUUACCACCCACGCACAUAGUCGAUUGACGAACUUAUCGAUUAAAUGUUUAAAAACUUCCAUGGCAAUAUCGAUUAUAUAUAUUUUGUAUAAAUAUGCUUGAUUUGUGUGCUUGAUGAACCUGGUAUCUUCUGGUUGUCUGUAGAAUACACUUUUAACAUCUUACCAAGACUUCUGGAUCAAGUUAGCUGAGUCGGGGACAACGGAUUAGUAUAGCCUAUCGAGUCUCUGAAUCCUUGAUUCUUCGUUCCUUUCCGAGUAAGACGAAUCAGUAGUAGCAUUGAAGUUAACGAACAUAACACACUAGAACUCCAAGAAAUACUUAUUGGAGACUGUCACUAAUGAACAUAUGAUGAUUAUAAUCAGAGAGGGGUUUUGUGGAUAUAAUAGUAAUUUAAUAGUUGAAUUCAUGGGUCGAUUGAAGCUAGAUCAUCAUGGAAGCAUUGAAUGGCCGUUUCGUCCUAGUAUGAGACUUCUCAACAGUGUGCAUGCACGAUCCCGUUUCACAAGAUUCGAACUCGGGACCUAUCGGCCUCAUGCACGAACGCCUAACCUCUAGACCGCUGAUCCGAUAUCCAUAAUAAUAAUAAUUAUUAUUACCAUUAUCACUUUGUUUGUGUGUGUGUGUGUGGAAGAGAGAGAGUUAAUGGUUUUUUUGCAUUGACAUAUAUAUCUGAAGUAUUUCCUGUAUACUAUAUCCUAUGUAAUGUCAGUAAAUUUGUAAUGUGUAGACGCUAGUAUCCUCUAUGUCUGACUCCAACAAAUAGUAUUUCGUUAACUGAGUAUUUAAGGUAGGCUAAAACUCCUAGUACAAUUAUGGAUUUACUCGAAAUUAUUCAAAAGCCUGAACACCAGUUAUAGAGAUAGUUUAUUACUAAAGAUUGGUAAAAUCCGCAAGCGUACACGAAGCAAGCACACAGGGAAACCAAGAGUGUAUGUGUGUGUGUGUGUGAGUGUUGAAAAUCCAUGCAUAUUUUUUGAGUGUUAAUGAAAUAUGGAUAAAUUAUUGAUUGACUGUGUAUUACAAUCAAUGGGAGAAUAGAUUACAUGGUGGAUCAAGUGUCUAAAUUACAGUGAGCAGAUAAGUAAUACAGUAGUGGUAUGGGCUUACUACAAAUGUAUUGGAUUGAUUAUGUAAUCAAUAGGUGUGAUAUAGGUUACAAUUUAGUGAAUAAUAAAUGAGAUUCUAAUUUAUGGAUAAACUUUAAGUGGAGCCAAAGUGCCUAUGAGAAAAUUCACCUACUAACUAGGGUCUAAAGAGGGUUAUAAAUUGUUGUGCGGAAUCAAAAUUACAAUUCAAAAGUUGGGGUUAGUAAUUAGAGUUAGUGUUGUCAUCACAAACUAACAUCAGACAUAAUGCAAACAUUCUACUUAGCCAUAUGAAUCAAUUGAUUUCGCACCGAAGUACAAAGCUCAUUCAUAGAUCAUCGUCUCGCCGAACAAUGUUUAGUCCUAGUGCGGUAUGUGUUGCUGAUGUCGACAGAUAUAAGUUGUAUGUAUCAUCAAUUGAAGAUGCAAUACCUGGAGGCAGAAGGUUAAGAAGAUUGAAGAGAAGAGAACGAGAACAGACAGUUAUUGGUAUGGAAAUGAAGGAAAAUCGAAGCAGCACCCACAGACCUUUCAAUAGAUGUCACUCCACCAAUGACGGAAGAAAUCAGGAUGGCCAUCAGACAAAUCAAGAGCUGGGAAACAGCAGGACCUGACAACAUACUAGGCGAAGCAUUGGCUUCAGACAUAGAAGCAACUUCAAUCAUGCUUCACACUCUAUUCAAGAAGAUUUGGGAGGAGGAAUAAGUGCCACAGACAGAGUCGAAAGAAGGACACCACAUCAAGAUACUAAAGAAAGGAGAUCUGAGUAAACGUGAGAACUACAGAGGCAUCACACUACUGUCAGUACCAGGAAAAGUAUUCAACAUAGCGUUGCCGAACCAGAUGAAAGACUCAGUAGACGCCCAACGUUGAGAUCAAUAGGCUGGAUUCCGUAAGGAUAGGUCGUGCACAGCCCAAAUAGCGACACUACGGAUGAUCGUUGAGUAGUCAAUUGAAUGGAAUUUAUCACUAAACAUCGAACUCAUUGACCAAGAGAAAGCAUUUGACAGCAUGGAUAGGAUGACACUAUGAAACCUUGUUUGACACUAUGGUGUACCUGAGAUUGUCAACGUCAUAAGGAAUUUAUAGGACGCGCUACAAUGCAAAGUAGUGAUUGAAGGACAGUUGACAGAUGCAUUUCAAGUAAGGACCGGUGUCAUACAAGGCUACUUACUCUCCCCCUUUCGCCUUCUUCCGGUGGUUGACCGCAUUAUGAAGACCUCGACAUCUGAGGAAAAGUACGGAAUACAAUGGAAAGCAUGAAUCCGAUGUGGGGUUUGGACAUUACACAUGACCUAGCUCUUCUGUACCAUACAAAUUAACAAACGCACGUGUAGCAUCAGCCUCUGCAUAGGUGCGCCUCAAUAUACACAAGGGAAAAAGUGAGAUCGUGGAGAAGAUUUGUAGCUCAGGUGGAUGAUUUUGAUGGAGUUUUGUUCUCUGAGCUGGAUGGUUUGGUCGUGGAGCUUUCAUCGUUCUUCUGAACGACAUCAUCAGCACAAACUUCAGAUAGAAGUGAAGUGUUUGAAUUUCUCCAUAUGUGUUUCACAGCUU